AUGUCAAUGGCGUCGUGGAACAUGGGUCUCGCUUCAUGCCACAAGACGAUGUCGUUUGAGGUUUCCUGCAGUAGGAAGAGAGACAGAGACAGGGAACGAGCUAGUAUCCAUCCCUACAAAGUGGUUGAAAUAACUCCUCCUCCCAAGUGUCUCGGUGUUCGUUGCUUACCCCCUAACUUGCAGUGUGGGGAGAGUGUAACAAUAGAAGGACAAGCCUAUACUAUAUCAGCUGUAACACAUCGCUAUCAGCUUCGGAAGGGAAAAUAUGAACCCAGUGAGAAGAGACUUGAUGUUUUGUCCACAGGAAGAUACUUAUUAAAUUUAUAUUUGGAAAAUUUAUUAGAACAAUCUUGA